GUAGCGGAGUCGGCGAAGUCUGCGACGCCAGUUGCGGCCUUGCGUUCCCGGACCGUGGGCGAUGGAGAACGGAGCGGUCUACAGAUCCACCACUGAGGCACACCCGGGGCCUGCCAGAGGCGCCCGGAGCGGCCUCGUCGCCUACUUCAACCUGCGCCGGCUCAAGGGGACCCGGCUAAUCAUUAAACUCCUUCAGCUGGUGCUGUCUCUGUUGGCCUUUAUCUGUGAGGAAGUUGUGUCACAAUGUACUUUGUGUGGAGGCCUUUACUUUUUCGAAUUUGUAAGCUGCAGUGCCUUUCUGCUGAGUCUCCUUAUGCUGAUUGUGUACUGCACUCCAGUUUAUGACAAAGUUGAUCCCGCAAAAGUCAAGUCAUCGGAUUUUUAUAUUACUGUGGGAACAGGAUUGGUGUUUUUGGUGGCAUCCAUCUUUUUCGCUUUGACACAUGACAGUACCCCGGCUGAACUUGCUGCAAUUGUGUUUGGAUUUCUAGCAAGUCUUGUGUUCCUGUCUGACUUUUUCCUUAUGGUCUAUGAAAAACGUAAGGAGCCCCGGCCAAGAAAACCUGAGGCUACUGUUAGUGAACCACUUAAUGCUUAGGGACUCUAGGGAACAGGUGUUACGUCGCCACUGCGUGGUGCCUGAGCCCUGGCAGAAGCUCUUGUAGAGUCUGUCAUUAUUAAACCACUUCUUCUGGAGCGCAAGGCAGAAAGGCAGUUUGAUCAGUAUUGAUUGGACUGUGUGUCAGUCACCACAAAUUGGGCCAGAGGGCUUUUUGUUUUAAAAUAUAUAUAUAUAUUUUUUGGUAACAGUUGAAACUUCUGUCAGAUGAAGUUUUGUUUUGUUUGGAGGUGAGGGCAAUUGCUUGUUUAAAUCACAUAGCUCAACUGAUGAUAAAUUAUUCUGUCAUUGUUACUAGGCUUAGCUUUCAAAUUAUGCUUUCAAGCAGCAUGAUUAAGUUUAUCCAUUUAGAAAUGGUUUCAUUUUUAAAUUAAUUUGCUUAACUAUAACUCUGCUUUUUGAUGACUAGAUAAAAUUUAAUGUAUAUUUAAGAGAUCAAUAUUUUAAAUGUUGGUCUAGGUUUUUUUCCAUAAAAUGUAAAACCCAGGCUUUACUGUAUCUCACUCAGACUUAAAAUUAUACUGUAACAUUUUAGGAUAAUAAUAAUUGACUCUCCUUCUGAGACCUUUUAUAGCCUAAUAGAAAAUGUAUGGGAGAUGUUGAUAUUUUACAUAUUACAAAAGCAACAGCAUCAGUAACCCCAUGUUUAUACUGUACUUUGCUUGUCAAUAUCAUGUAAAAAAAAGAUCUUUAUAUAGAAAGAUAGAAAAAUGGAAGAAACUGCUAUCAUGACUAAGGACCAAAGAAAGAUAAGAUACACUUUUGCACAAUGCAGUGAAAGUAGUUAUAAAAGUAGGCCUCAAGCACUUCCAGAUGCCUGAAGAGAUGAGUUCAUACUAGAAGACAGAAAAUGGUUUGCUCCCUUUUGCCAUAUGAUUAUUUCUACUGAAGUUAAUACAGCUCUGCAGGUUCUGUUCAGUGUUUUCUUUGGAGCCAAUCUUCUUUUAAAACCCCAAUCUUUGAUUUUUGAUUUGAGAGCCUCCCUCUUCUGUCUCCUUAUAAGAAUGGUCCAUGUACUACUUCAUCAGGCAUAGCUGGGCCUCUGGCUCCUGGCUUCCUUGAUGACAGAUUCUCCAGAAUCUUGGGCCCUUUUAAUUGCAUAGAGUAUAGAGCAGGAUCUUUAGGGUUCUUGUUCCCACAUAGGCAUUGCUCUGGUUUCUCUUCAAAGGAGACCUUCUUUUUCUUUUUAUUUUUGUGGUACGCGGGCCUCUCACUGUUGUGGCCUCUCCCGCUGCAGAGCACAGGCUCUGGACGCACAGGCUCAGCAGCCAUGGCUCAUGGGCCCAGCCACUCCGUGGCAUGUGGGAUCCUCCCAGACCGGGGCACGAACCCGUGUCCCCUGCACCGGCAGGCGGACUCUCAACCACUGUGCCACCAGGGAAACCCAGGAGACCUUCUUAAGAAAGUGAAUAUCCAGAGAUUCCUGCCCAGUUUAAUACUGUUGAUGGUGUAAGGGAGUAGUCAAACCAUUCUCAGAAGACACUUCAUACCCAGUUCUGAUAAUUUGGAAGAACUGUCUGUUGCUGGCAGUCUGUCUUAGAGCCAGCCAGCCAGGGCACUUUGAGCAAGACCUUUCUUAAAGUGGGUCCUUUUUUUUUUUUUAAAAAAAAGGGACCUUUCUGACCAAGUGGUUCACAGACUAGACCUUUCUUGUCCUCCUGGUAGAUUUUUUUGACUCAAGACUGUAGGGCUCAGGCAAUGAGCCCAUGCAUCAGAUCCUUCAGUACUUUGGUGAAAGUCUCCUGGGCUAGUAGGUUUUCUGUCUGAAAGAGUGGAAUCGUGUUUCCAGUGAGACAGUUUAAUGACCUCAUCCUUUUUAAAUUUCUCAUCUGCCAAUUGUGUGUUGUAGAUGGUUUUCAGACGCAGAUGGCCGGACACAGCUUCUGCUCUUACUGACUUAGAACCUUAUCCAUUUGUAUCAGAGCUUGGAUGCUAGUGCUAGUGGUGGUGUCACCAGCACCUGCUUGGGAGAUAAUGAAACCAGUCUUGGAUGCUGUUUUUACUAGGUGUGCUGUCUGAGAGAGGAGAAAUAGCCUGGGUCUUGGGUUCAAAGAUGACAAGCAGCUUGUGGUAGGCAGGUUCUCAGAUUUCACAUCCAGCUAUACCGUUGUCCUUUUAAGUAUCAUCUGCACCCAGCUGGGAUUCAGAGCAGACCAUCUGGGCUUCCUCAGCGUCCCCAGUCAUGCACUGGGCUCAGCUGAGUUUGACGGAAUGUCCUCUGCUGGCCUCACAUCCACAGCAUGUUGGCGUGGAACUUAAGCUCUGCUUGUUCUGAGGUUUCACUUCCAUUUGUUUCAUUGGCGCAGAAUGGACCUCUUAGCUGGCCACUGAAAGGUAAUAUCUUCACUGGUAUUUUGGGUCACUCUAGAACCUUUCUUCACAUUGUUUUUUACAGGACCCAUGAUUGAUUAGCCUACGUCUUCUAUUGUAGAAGGAGUUAGGAGUAAAAAGAUCUUUGUGGUAAAUAAAAAUUUCAAGGUGAACUUGAAACCAAAGAUACUGUUACUUACAGAAAAGGGCACACUCAGUAAACUCAAAUGUAAAAUAAUUUUUUAUUAACGUUUAUGGUAAAUUUAUAUUUACACAAAUAGACUGUUUAGAAUGGUUCUUAAAAAUGAUAAGGGAAAUGCAUAUACAGUACAAAAAUUUUAUAAUUGCUAUACUUCUGUUUGGGGACCGGGAAAUGUAUUUUUACAUUGUUUAUAGCCAAUCAUUUUUGUAUUUAAUAAUUUUAAAUCCUGAGUCUUUUAUAUCUCUCUGUGUCAAAUUUUGUAGUCUUCUUUUUAAAUAAACCCACUUUACUGUUCA